CCACCGAGAGUUGCUCGCUUAGCGCCCCGGGCUUGGCGUCUCGAGACUUGUCCGCCCGGAGUGUCCAUGCGCAGUCGCCGCUCUUCACGCUCCUACCGCCAGCGCAGGUCGUCCAGCUGCGGUCCAUUUCACGACUUUUCACAUUGCCAGUCUAGUUCCACUGUCUUUCUAGUCAUUUGUGCUGAGCCCUAGCUCGCAACGACCCCCACCAUGCGCCUGGCGUCCCUCCCUCUCGUCUUGACUUGCCUGCUCUCGUAUGUCCUCGAGACCUCUUCUGCCCCGUCUUCCACCGUUUCGCUGGGCCAGCACAUCCCGAUAUCUCGAAGAAGGCCAAGGACACGCAGCACGGAAGAGCUGCAUGCGUUAUUGGGGAGGCGGAAGCUUUCCCUAGACGCAAAGUACGGACGGGAUUCGGGGGGACUAGCGAGGCGUGCGGAUGGCUUCAACUUGCUGACGGACGAAGACAAGGACCUCACAUACUUCGGCUCGUUGGCAAUAGGAACACCUCCUGUCUCAUUCAACGUGAUUCUUGAUACGGGCUCAUCCGACCUCUGGGUGGCCUCGUCCGAAGGCGGUCUCACCGGCUUGUCUACCAUUCCGAGCGGCGUUACGACAUUUAACACGUCGUCUUCAUCGUCUUUCGCCUCCCUGAACGAAUCGUUCUCCAUCACAUAUGGGUCGGGCAGUGCAUUGGGCUCACUCGCCCAGGACACCAUCAGGAUGGCGGGCUUCGCCAUCACCGCCCAGACAUUUGCAGUUGUCGACGAGAUCACCCAGGGCGUACUCACGAGUCCAAUCUCCGGCCUCCUCGGGCUUGGGUGGCAACAGUUGUCUUCGUCCGGUGCAAUACCGUUCUGGCAGGCACUUGCCGAGUCAAACAACACGUUGAGCGACAAGGUGUUCGGCAUUCAGCUCGCACGUUACGGUAACGAUUCGAACGCCGGCUCGCAAGAACCUGGAGGGACGUUUACGUUGGGAGCGGCGAACACGAGCUUGUUCACGGGAGAUAUCGAUUACCAGGAUGUACCGCAAGUAGGUUACUGGCUACAGCAGAUCAGCGGUUUGACGGUCCAGGGGUCGUCAAUCAGCUUGCAGUCUGGAUCCGCAUCGUACGCCGCAAUAGAUACCGGCACGACUCUAGUAGCUGGUCCCACGGAUGUCAUUGAGGAGAUCUACGCAGCAAUACCAGGGAGUGCUGAAGACAGCAAUGGCUACUACACAUAUCCUUGCUCAACGAAAGUUCACGUAACGCUGCGAUUCGGGAACAGCUCGAGGACGUGGACUAUCUCCCCCGACGACUUCGAAUACGCUACCGUAGACUCCACGGGAAGCACCUGUAUUGGCGCCUUCGUCGUGAACACCAGCGGCGGCACGGCCCCACCAUGGAUCCUCGGGGACACAUUCCUGAAGAACGUGUACUCCGUGUUCCGGCAUGACCCGCCGUCCGUCGGCUUUGCGACGCUCUCGCCAGAGGCGCUUGCGAUGAACGGGGCAGGUGGCGAUCCACCGAGUCCGACAAUUGGGUCUGUGGCCGCUGCUGUCGGCUCGACCAGCAGCGUCGACUCGGGCCUGAAUGGCACGAACAAUAACGGCGCGGGACCCUCGGCGCGGUGGAGUGUGUGUCUGGUGGCUGCGGGAGUCACCGCUGGCUUUGUACUGACUUUCUAAUCUACGCUUGCUGUAUUUGAUGGGAGAGUGCAUUGGAAUAUUACGCACAGUGUACUAGUGUAAUAUAGGUAAUAUAGGAUGCAUGCGUCCUGGUUAGGUGGGAUCUAAAGACUUGCCGACGAGUGUAUAUUACGCAACAACAGUACUUAUGUAGCGGACAUUGAGCAGACAAAUUAUUGAAUGUCACGCUAGAGCCCGAAUGCGAACUUUCUCUGCAGUUGCUUCUGACACGACUUUCUAAG